GAAAAUCCGCGCUACGAAAAGGUUAUUAGCAUGGCAGUUCAUCAUUUCGUGCAACUAGACUUAGAUGCCAUCAUGAUCGCGUGCAAUGCACCAGGACGUAGUGCCUUCAACCGGAUUGAACGGCGUAUGGCGCCGUUAAGCAGAGCAUUGACAGGCCUGAUACUUCCGCACGAUCACUAUGGCACUCACCUAAACAGUCAGGGACAAACUGUUGAUAUAGAAUUGGAGAAGCAGAAUUUCUCAUACGCCGGCAAGGCUCUAGCAGAAGUCUGGUCAGAUACACUUAUUGAUGGACAUUUGACUGUAGCUGAAUAUAUAAAGCCUGAACAAUCUGAUAUCGAUCAGGCAUCGAUCAUCUCGAAGGACGAAAAGUGGUGCAGCCGACAUGUGCAUCAGUCUCAGUAUUUGCUUCAAAUACUCAAAUGUUCUGACAAUCGUUGCUGUAAACCAAGGCGUAGUUCUCUGUUUCGAUUUCUGCCCAAGGACGGCUUGCCACCACCGUCGCCUAUAAUACAGUCAAACGAAGGAUUGAAACACGCCAACAUCAACGAUAUUGAAACUAUGCGUCAUUAUUCGUGA